AUGCAGCGCAUUGACAUCAAACGCGGCUUGAAUAUAGCCCCGGACUCCGCUUUUGCUCCCGCGGUGGGGACCGCUGCUGUCCGCAGCGUGGCACUGUUGGGUGUCGAUUACCCGGGCAUCAAACCUGCCCUGGCAGUCAAACAGGGUGAUCAUGUCAAUCUCGGUGAUGUUGUAUUCACUGAUCACGCAGAACAGAUACGAUGCUGCGCACCGGCAACAGGAAUCGUCAGCGCAAUUCAUCUCGGCGCGCGUCGCAGCCUGCAGGCGCUGGUGAUUGAGGUCACCGAGGAGGCCGACGAAUAUUCCGUUGCGCUUCCCUCGAGCAGCCCCGUGGAUGCGAGCACUUUGCGCAAUGUUCUGCAGCACAAUGGAUUAUGGCCUGCGUUCCGGGUUCGACCCUUUGAUGUCAUCCCCGCGGCGGAUGCGGCUGUUGGACAUCUGUUUAUCACCGCCAUUGAUACCCACCCAUCAGCUUUGAACCCAGCCUCGGUGAUAGAGCGUAACGCGAAGGCUUUUGCUGCAGGCGUCGAAAAACUCAGUUUGCUGGCCGGACACACUUAUGUGUGCAGGGCACCUGGCGAUGAACCCUCACACGCGGACAUACCUGCGGUAACGUCAGUUGCUUUCAGCGGUCCGCACCCGGCGGGUUUGGCUGGCACACAUAUCCACUAUCUGGCACCCAAUGCAAAAGAUGUCUGGUGUAUCGGCUACCAGGACGUUAUUGCUGUGGGCCACCUGUUUCUGCACGGUCGUAUAACAGUUGGCAGGGAUAUUUCUCUGGCAGGCCCGGGCCUGAAUCAGCCGCAGCAAUUGCGCACCCGAAGCGGCGCUGCCCUGGUUGACCUGAUCGGCGAUGCCGUGCCAGGCACUACGGCCACCUCAGGUUCGCCUCUGCAUGAUCAGCGUGAUGGACUGGUUGGCAGCUAUCUGGGUCGCCUCCACAAUCAGGUAUGGGUGAGCCCGCCGGUCACACAGACCUCGGUAAAGACCGAGACGGUAAAAUCCUGGCUGCAACAGCUCGUUGCACCGCGCACUGCAAUUAGCGCCCAACACCCAGGUGAAGUGGCUAUGACGGGUAUGCUGUCGGUAGAAGCCUUCGACGCUGUUUGGCCUUUCAGCAUGCCUCCCUUACCCCUGCUCAGAGCCCUGUUGACCGGUGAUACCGACACAGCAAACGAGUUGGGUGCGAUGAUGCUGGCCGAGGAAGAUCUGGCGCUGUGUGCCUACGUAUGUCCGGCAAAGCAGGACUAUGGGGCGGCGUUGCGCGCCACACUGCAAGCCUUCGAGAAGGAUGGUCUCCAAGAGCUGCUCGGUUGGCGCGGCACAGGGCUUGCCGCUCUGGGGCUCGACAUGAAUCCUGAAGCCGGGCUGACGGCAACGUUACUGGGGCUGUCGUACCUCACACCUCUGGUUCUGAUUGCCCUUGCUGUUGCGUAUGGCUGGGAAAGGGUUUUUGCACAACGAAGGUCACAACCGCUGGACCAUGGCUGGGUCAUGACCGCCUGGCUGUUUGCGCUGAUGCUGCAGCCCGGUGUGCCGCUGUGGAUGGCAGUACUGGGUUUGAGCUUUGGUGUUGUGGUAGGUGCGCAUAUAUUUGGCGGCACGGGUAAGUAUCUGGUGAGCCCGGCCUUGCUCGGUGUGCUGUUCCUGCAUUUCAGUUAUCCGGGCUACUUACAGACGACAAUAUUGCCGGAAGAACUGGCUGCCGCGGGCAGCUGGUCGGAGGUGGCGAACCAGGGUGCACUAUCACUGGAUCAGUUCUUUGUCCUUCUUAUCGGCAUGGAACAGGGGGCCAUAGCCACCGGUUCGACACUGGCCUGUCUUGCAGGUGCGGUGUAUCUCGUUUACGCCGGCGCUGUGUCCUGGCGUGUGCUUGUCGGCGGCGUCGCCGGCGUAGCAGGCACCGCCAUUGCCUGUAGCUGGCUGAUUGCUGAUAACACCGCCGCAGCACUGCCUUGGUAUGCACAUCUGGUCGUUGGCAACCUCGCAUUUGUACUGACGUUCAUUGCUACCGACCCCAGCUGCGGACCGCUGACCAGAAGCGGUCGCUGGCUUUAUGGCGGCGCGAUUGGUGCGGUGGUGGUCUGCAUCAGAGUGCUGGACCCGGCGCACCCGGACGGCACGCUUUUUGCGGUUCUGCUCGCGGCGCUGAGCGUACCGCUGCUCGAUUACCUGGCAAUACGCAGAUAUGUCAGCAGCAAGGCAGCCUAUGCAUCUCUUGAACGCAACGAGACCAUUCUCGGGGCAGCCGGAUACCUGCCGUCGGACGCCGGCGACAGGGCAGUUGUUAAUGCUUACCUUGAGCUGGAUGCCCGCGUUGUGGAACUCACUUCAGGGCGCCCAACAAAUACGCUGGAUGGCCACGUUUAUGACCAUUGGGCAUCCACCGGCGUUGAUCCUGGCGCCACUCUGGCAGAAAUGGACAGUGUGGGAUUGAACACGCUGCCUCGCUACGUGCCGGUAUAUCUCGUCCCUGGACCAGCUGGUUCAAAGCGCCUGAUUCUGCCGCUGCACGGACGGGGCAUGUGGUCAAUGCUCAUGGGUUACCUGGUGCUGGAGCCGGAUCUGCAGACCAUUGCUGCACUGGCAUUUUAUAAACAUGGUGAAACGCCGGGUAUCGGCGACCGUAUUCUGGAUGAAACCUGGUUGCAGAGCUGGCAGGGCAAACGGUUGUACGAUGAUUCCGGCGAGGUGAAGAUCCGUAUGAAUGCAGAUGCAGACACCCCGGCGCAAUACCGUGUUGAUGCCAUCACUGGCGCCACAGUCACCAGUCAGGCUGUGGGGCGUAUGGUUCGCGGGGGACGCUCCAUGAUGUUACGUAAAUACCUGACAGAUCCUCUGAUUGAUGAGAAUCCGGUUACCGUCCAGAUUCUGGGUCUGUGUUCAGCGCUGGCGGUCUCCCGUUCACUGGAGCCUGCGUUGAUUAUGGCUGCCAGCGUCAUCGUUGUCCUGGUAUUUGCCAAUGUUGCGGUAAGCCUGUUGCGCCAUAUCAUGCCGCGCAGCAUCCGCCUGAUCCUCGAAGUCACGCUGAUUGCUUCUGCGGUUAUUGUUGUCGACGAAGUGCUCAAAACCUAUGCGCCGCAGAUUUCUGAGGUGCUUUCCGUGUUUGUCGGCUUGAUCAUCACUAACUGCAUUAUUCUGGGGCGUACCGAGGCCUUUGCCAUGCAUCAUGGCCCGUUGCCAAGCCUCAUGGAUGCCCUGGGUAACGGUUUUGGUUACGCGCUUAUUUUGCUCGGUGUGGCCGCGGUGCGCGAACUGCUGGGUGCCGGUACGUUGCUGGAUCAUCAGGUGUUUGCACUGGCUGAACAAGGCGGCUGGUAUCGCCCUAACGAGAUGAUGCUGUACGCGCCCAGCGCUUUUUUUAUUAUCGGCUUCCUGAUCUGGGGUAUCCGCAGCUGGCGUACCCAGCUGGUAGAAGGGCCUGACUAUCAGGAAGACCGUCCAGUUUACAGGCAGGCUGACUGA